UCGACCGGAGGGAGGGAGCGCUCCAUGGAGCGCGCCGGGAUCCAGCGCUUGGCGGCCAGGAUGGGCGUCGCUACGCCCGGAGUUAUCCGCAAAGCCGAGGAAUACUUGCGGCUCUCUCAGGUGAAAUGCACCACCUUGCUGGUUCAGAUGACAGCCACAAGCAACGCUGUGAUUUGCCUCGACUUGGCCGCAAGCUUCAUGAGACACCCCGUGGAUAAAAGCUAUGUAGUGAAACUCUCCGGUUUAAACAAGGCUGCUUACCAAAACUGCUUGAGGUCAUUUGAAAGCUUGCUUGGCGUGCACUCCAGCGUCGGCAUCCGAGACUUGGCCGUUCAAUUCGACUGCACAGAGGCUGUGAAUACGGCCUCCAAAAUAUUGCAGAGGUAUGAGUCCAGCCUGCCGACAUCUCAGCAAACUGAUCUCGACUUGUCCAAACCCUUAUUCACAACAGCCGCACUGUUGACCGCUUGCAGAUGCUUGAAACUGAAAGUGGACAAGAGCAAAAUGGUGGCUAUGUCUGGUGUGAAGAAGGCCAUAUUUGACCGCCUUUGCAGCCAGCUGGAGAAGAUAAGCCAGCAAGUUGCCCGAGAAAAUGUGAAGUUGACAGAUGAAGUGACAAGUCCUCAAAAGACUUUGCAGGAAACCCUUGGAAAGGAAGACUCUGCCAUGGCUGGAGUCAAGACACCUCGCAAGCGUCCGAAAAGCACAGCCGAACCCAAAGACGACUACGAAGAAUGGAAAAGGAGAAUUCUGGAAAACGCCGCUAAAUCACAGCAGGGCGACAUUUAAUUCGAGUGUUUCAGAACAGAGCGGGAGUCUGGAUUUUAGCUUCAAAUACAGUUUUACGUACUUCUUUCCCUGCUGUGACGAUUCGAACUGCCAAAAGGCUACUCCUGGCCCCCAAUAUACAGAUUACCUGAACAAGGCUGUAAUACUUGAACAAACCAUCCUAUUUUAUUGCUGUAACCCUCACAGAUGCCUUUUAAAUGUACCUCAGGUUCCCUUUAAUCCAGGUUUAGCAAGCUGAUUCCCGUGUAACCAUGUUCUCAAUAUGCAGCCUAAAGCCACAGUACCAAGUUUGGGAUUCAGUGCUAUUAAAUUACCCAUCCUGAUUAAAAGGCAAGCCUUGCGUUACAAUUUUAAAUAUGCCACACACAAGUAAAAAUCUUUUGUCUUCAGCGGAACUUGCAUCUAGGAAAGAGGCCUAGAGUCUAAGAAUUAAGUACUGUUUUUUGCCUUUAUGUGUGAAUGCAAGAACCAGCUACCCGUUAACUAUCCUUUCUAAAGACUUCAGUGGGUUAAAUGGAGGACUCUGCAAUUUUAACCCUACAUUUUAGCCUUUAAACAAUGAUUUUAAAUAUGGCACGUUUUCUGAAAUCUAUCUUCCUGAUGAGAAUUUUUACCUUGUCUUAGUAGGACUUGCUUCAUCUAGAGAAGUUCUAAUAAAAUUUUAAUUGUGCCUUUUCA